GCGCCCUUCCUCGAGAAUAAAGCCGUUUAAAUUGUCCACCUCUGUGUCAGUUACAGAUAGACGUUGAUGAAUCAAGUGUGCGUUACGCUACAGUGUUAACACCCCAAGAGGACAACUUGUGUUUUUUCCUGGUUCUUCGCGAUUUCGUAUAGGUAGUUAAUUACUUUUGUUACGAGAUUUAGUCAAGUAGCUACUGUAGCUAUUUGCAGUUCGGGUAGAUAACUAGAAGGUACCCUUGUUGAUACUGACUGCUAACAUUGCGCUAGCUGUGCAGCUAGUGUUAUAUGCUUGCUGGUUGCUAGGACGUAGCAAAGGAAAUUAGUCAUUAGGAAGCAUUAUUUUAAGGCUGUUGGACUAGCUAACGUUAUUGCUGGCAAUACUUAAAAUCAAGAAUUGUGCGAAAGGCAACAAAUCGGAUAUGACUGCAGAAGAAGUGACCAACGGAGGACAACAAGCCAUGGAGGGAGAAGAUAUAACACAGAAGAGAGAUGGGGGAGUUUUAAAGCUGGUGAAGAAGGAGGGAACGGGGACCGAGCUCCCGAUGACCGGAGACAAGGUCUUCGUGCACUAUGUGGGCACGCUGCUGGACGGCACCAAAUUCGACUCCAGCCGCGACCGCGGCGACAAGUUCUCCUUCGAGCUCGGGAAAGGUCAGGUGAUCAAGGCCUGGGACCUGGGCGUGGCCACCAUGAAGAUCGGAGAGGUGUGCCAGCUCAUCUGCAAGCCCGAGUAUGCCUACGGUUCAGCCGGGAGCCCCCCGAAAAUCCCCCCCAAUGCCACCCUGAUAUUUGAGAUCGAGCUGUUUGAGUUCCACGGGGAGGACGUGACCGAGGAUGAGGACGGUGGCAUCAUCCGCAGGAUCAUAACGAAGGGGCAAGGCUACACCAAGCCCAACGAGGGGGCCACAGUGGAAGUGACCUUGGAGGGCAAGUUUGAGGACAGGGUGUUUGACGAGAGGGAGAUGAAGUUUGAGGUCGGGGAUGGCGAGAACCUGGGACUGCCUAUGGGUGUGGAGAAAGCCAUCAUGGCCAUGGAGGAGGGAGAAGAGUCCCUCUUCACCCUCGCGCCAAAGUACGGGUAUGGCAGCGCAGGAAAUGCCAAGUUUGACAUUCCGCCGGGCGCCACCCUCCAGUACAAACUGAAGCUGUCGGCCUUUGAGAAGGCCAAGGAGUCCUGGGAAAUGAACACGGCUGAGAAACUGGAACAGAGUGCCAUCGUAAAAGAGAAGGGAACACAGUAUUUUAAAGACGGGAAGUUCAAGCAGGCGUCGGUGCAGUACAAGCGCAUCGUGUCGUGGCUGGAGCACGAGUCGGGCCUGCAGGAGGAGGACGAGCAGAAGGCCCGCGCCCUGCGGCUGGCCGCGCACCUCAACCUGGCCAUGUGCUACCUGAAGAUGCAGGAGCAGAGCCUGGCGCUGGAGAACUGCGACAAGGCCCUGGAGCUGGACGACAGCAACGAGAAGGCCUUGUUCCGGCGGGGGGAGGCCCUCUUCGCCAUGAAGGAGUUUGAGCGGGCGCGGGCCGACUUCCAGAAGGUGGUGCAGCUGUACCCCGCCAACAAGGCCGCCAAGGCCCAGGUGGCCGUCUGCCAGCGGCAGAUCAAGGAGCAGCACGAGAAGGACAAGCGCCUCUACGCCAACAUGUUCCAGAAGUUCGCCGCGAGGGACGCCAAGAAGGAGGCGGUGAAGGUGGAGAAGGAUGGGAAGAGUGAAAAUGGCGGCGAGGUGGAGGUGGAGAUGGAGGACGGUGCAGUGCCAGAGGAAGCGGCAGCUUAGACGGCCACCUUUUUCUCUCUCCUCUUUUUUUAAAAAAAUUUUUGUUUUUCGUCUCAUUUUGUUUUGCUCAUGUUUUUUUUUUUGUUUUUGUUUUUUUUUUCUUCCUUUUUUCUUUUUUUUUUUUUGUCCUUUGGAACUUUUGUAACUUAAAAAGAAAAAAAGUUGUGUGUUUUGUAGAGCGUGUUCUGUGUGUGGGUGAGAGACGGAGGUUUAACUUUGCUGUAUCAGCCCCCCCUCCCCCCCGGGGGGUGGGGGGGGCGAGGAAGGCUUUGCACUUUUGCUGGAGUGUCGCUGGUUGAGUUCUACAUGACGGUUUACUGUGUGGCUGUUCCGCCUGUGGGCCUGGCAGCCGUGUCCCGUCUGUGCGCAGGCCCCAGGCCCCAGGCCCCAGAGCUCAUGUCGUGGGACGUCCCGAAGCGAGGCACUUCUGUGUGCGCCCCCGUGUGCACCGAACGGGGGGACGAGUGGCUUUUUUGGCGGAAGGCUGGGUCAGUACGGGCGCAGGGCGUGAGGUUAGGCUCCUUGGUGGUGGUGUUGGGGGGGGUGGGGGGUGGGGUGGGGUGUUGCUCUGCGUCUCCCUGGUGUUUAAUGUCCUGUCCAGUGAUGGAACCCAAAAACUCCCAAAAAGGGCUAUCCCGUCAGUGCCAGUCACCGCCGCCGGGCCCAGCCGGUGCAGGGCCGACCCGGUCCUGCUGCCAGGCGGGCCCGGCCCGACCCGAAUCAGCGGUGUCCGCUGCGCACCCUGCAGAGACCCGCGCCCCUUCCCAACGAGCGUCUGCUGGACACUGAGGAGCGGGGCGCUCAGAAGUCUCCAUCGCGCCCUGAGGCUCCCGUCCAGGGCACCACUGACUCCCCAAAGGCCGUCUGAACAAUGUGUGACGCUGUCAGUGUCUCCUGUGUGCCCGGCGAGGGGAAGCCAGCCGCACGUUUUUAAGCUACAGCAACGAGCGUCGGAGGCCACCGCCCAUGAAAUGAAAGCUUGCAGUGUGGCGCAAAUGAAUUUGUAUUUGUCCUUUUGACUCUGUACAGCCUGGGUAACAAAACACUGUUUGUCUUUUUGGUUUGUAGAUUUAAUUUUUUUUUUAAUUAUUAAUUGAGUGUAAUUUCUGUGUAAUUUGUUCCUUUUCUGAAUUCGUAUGGUCAUUUGUAUCAUGAAGAAUAUUUAAACUGGAAGACCGCUGAAGGCUGACCGUAGCCAGCAAAGUGAAUCUGUUUCCUCUUUGGACAAAAUGUAGCCCCUACCGCUCUGUCCUAUAGUCUUAGCAGCGCUGGUUGACACUGAGUCUGGUGUGUGACGGAUGGGGAUGGUGUGGCUGGCCUUGUGAGGCUGUGAGGAAAGGGAGGCGUCGGCCUGGUUUUUUCCCUCGGUGAGAGAGAGCGCGUUUCCUCGUACCGCCAGACUGGCUUCAGCUACCAGCACCUGCAGAAUAGCGUGUUGGUGUUUCCUGAAUGUCUCAUUGUUUAAAGCAACCAAAUUCUGUGCAGCUCCAGUGAUGGCAAUAAAUGAGUCUCCGCUUA